CCCUUUUCCAUAAGUUUUUCACGAAAUAAAACGUAUGCCUGGAACGACCGUAAAAGACGUUGAUCAGGACAAAAUUGUCCAAGGAGUUGCACUUUUCUUGAAGAAAUCUGGCAAAUUAAAGGUUCCCGAUAACAUGGACAUCGUCAAGACUUCAAAAUCAAAAGAAUUAAGUCCAUACAAUCCCGAUUGGUUUUAUGUUCGUUGCGCAUCAAUUUUGAGACGAAUGUAUCACCGUGGCCCAAUUGGUGUCGGUGGUGUUAAGAAAAUCUUUGGAUGUCGCCAACGUAACGGUGGAUGUCCUUCACAUUUUUGUCGUGCUGAUGGUGCCGUGUCUCGUCGCGCAGUUCAAGCUCUUGAACAUAUUAAUCUGAUUGAAAAGCAUUCAGAUGGCGGUCGCAAACUGUCACCACAAGGACAACGGGAUUUAGAUCGUAUUGCUUCUCAAAUUGUUGCUUCAUCACGAGCAGCUGCAAAGAAAGAAGCUGCAGUUCUCGUUCUCACCACAAAUGAAUAA